AUGCAAAAAGUUAUUGAAUGUGUACCCAAUUUUUCGGAAGGUCAACGAAAAGAAGUUAUUGACACAAUAGCACAUGCUAUUGCUGGCGUUGAAGGUGUUGCUCUACUGGAUAUCGAUCCAGGUUUAUCAACAAAUCGAACGAUUUACACAUUUGUUGGACAUCCACAAGGAGUGAUUGAAGCAGCAAUGGCUGCUGCUCGAUCUGCCUACAAUUUGAUUGAUAUGGCAAGACACAGUGGUGAACAUCCUCGAAUUGGUGCUAUGGACGUUGUACCAUUUGUACCUGUUCAAAAUGCAACCAUGGCCGAUUGUAUUGAUAUAGCACGUGAAUUUGCUGAUCGUUUGGCUUUGGAAUUAAAUGUACCUGUUUAUUUAUAUGGUGAAGCACAAGAAAAAGAUUAUCGACGAGAAUUAUCACAAAUUCGUGAUGGUGAAUAUGAAGCACUUUAUAGCAAAAUUCGAAAACAUGAAUGGGCACCUGAUUAUGGCCCUAGUGAAUUUGUUCCAUCGUGGGGAGCAACUUGUGUUGGUGCUAGAAAAUUUUUAAUUGCUUACAAUAUAAAUAUAAUUGGUACUAAAGAACAAGCACAUCGCAUUGCAUUGAAUGUUCGCGAACAAGGACGAAGCAAAGAUGAACCUGGAAAAUUGAAAUGUAUUCGUGGCCUUGGUUGGUGGUUUGAAGAAGGCAACUUAGCACAAAUUUCUUUAAAUUUAACUGAUUUUGAAAUAACAAAUAUUCAUAUUGCAUAUAAUCAGUGUAUCGCUGAAGCUGAAAUGCUUAAUGUAGGUGUUUGCGGUUCACAAAUAGUUGGUCUUGUACCUUUGAAACCUCUUUUAAUGGCUGCUGAAUAUUUUAUGGAAAAAGAAAAUUUAUUUAUUCUUGAUGAAGAUCAAAAAAUUCGUUUAGUUAUUCAACGUUUAGGUUUAAAUUCUAUUGCACCUUUCAAUCCAAAAGAACGUAUUAUUGAAUAUAUUAUACGUGAACGUGAAGGUCAAGAUGAUAGUUUAGUUUCGAUGGAAUUAAAAGAUUUAAUUAAACAUAUCGGUGCAAGAACAUUAGUACCUGGUGGAAGUUGUGUUACAUCAUUGGUAGCUACACUGGGUGCAGCACUGGGUACUAUGUGUGCAUUACUUACGUAUGGAAUGAGAAAAUGGGAAUCAUUAGAAAAAGAAAUACGAAUUAUUAUUCCUUCAUUGCAUGCCGCAACAAAAACACUAAUGAAUACGUUAGAUACUGAUACCGAAGCUCUUAAUGCUUACUUAACAGUACAAAAAAUGGCAGAAAACAAUGAUGAAGAGAAACGUUUUAAAAAGAUCACAGAAAAUCGUUGUUUACAACGAUGUCUAGAUGUUUCAUUAGAUAUAGCUCGACAAAUUAAUGCUUUAUGGGAACCACUACAACGAUUAACACCAUUAUUUAAUAUUAGUACCAAAACAGAUUUUUUAGUUGGUAUUAAAUGCCUUGAAACAGCUGUAUACGGUGCAUGUAAACGUAUUGAAGUUUUCUCAUCAUCACUGUUAGACAGUAAUGAUGACAAUGAUUCCGAAGGAAAAAUGAUACAAACUAAUUAUAAAGAUGAAGCCAAUAAGUUACUUGAAACAGCUAGCAAAGAAGCACAAACUAUUUUAGCGUUAGCUGAAGCAAGAAACUAA